AUGUAUGGCAGCGCAUACGGAACGGUACGCAUUCCUGAAUGUACACCUUACGCGUUCUAUCGAGUUACGCUAGCUCAAUUUGAAUAUAGAUUGUUGAAGGCUAAAUGCUACCUAAGUUAUAACACGGAUGACGCGCUGUUUUAUAGGCCACGUCUUACUAUGGAUAUAAGAUCUCUUAUUGAAUCAAUUUGGUUUACAUGUUUACCUGUAGGUAAGAUCAUUGCAGGCAUUGGAACCGUGAACUAUAAGGGUAAAGUUUUUUACCCCAGAUGUUUGAAAGACAAUGUUCUUGGAAUACUUUAUUCAAACUUGAAAGAAAUAGUUACGGCGAUGGCAAACCCGAAUACACCGCCUGAAAGUCGUCGAGCUUUCUACGAAUUGAACCCUCUACCGUUCGCUAAAUGGAAUCAACCUCAGCGAAAACGGGGUGAUCAGCCUCCUCUAGUUGAUUUAGACCCUCUGCUGUUGAAUCCCGAUGACUUCAUGCCCCCUGAGUACGGCGAUGACGAUUUUGCAAAUGAUGUGCAUUGUGUGCAAGACUUCAUUUCUUUUUUAAAUAGAGAAGCAUAUCUUUGUACUGGUCGGAUACCGAUACAAGAUUAUGAAGCUCCGGGUCAUCAAAGCAUCCUAGUUUCAAAUUACGCUACAGGUUUACGAAAUCCUGACAAGCAAUUCCAGAAUCAAUGGGCUGACGAGGGCAUGCCUCAGGGCGAUCUGGACGAAUUCUGGGCCCCAGAGAAUCUAUCAAAGGAGGAUUUCCAAAUGGGAAUAGCGAUUUUAGUAGGUGAAUCAAGACCAGAUAUGGCAGAGGCUUUAGAAGCAGUAGAAGUUAGAGAUCCGGUAUCCCUGGCAGGGCCAAGUUCUCGUGACCUUGACGUUGAGGCAGAGGAACGACGCGCAGAGGAACAACGCAAGAGAGCUAGAGAUCCUCCCGUGGUUUACAGGGAUAUUGAUGGAGUUCAAGAGUUUGAAGCCUUCUCAAAGACCCUCGAAGGAGUCGAACUAACAGCAGAAGAAAAGCAAAGUCUGGAGGAACUGCAACAGUAUUUAGUCCAGGGUGAAGGGAGCUGGGUACUUGGCGAUGAAUUCCUCAGUUUUAUUGGCCGUAUCCUAACCGACCCGUCAAUAAAGACUAGUUCUCGUUGUGGUGUCUUGAGAUGUCUAGCAGCGAGUGCUUUAAAGGAUGACGUAUCACUUUUACUACACCAAGAUAGACGACAACACGCCUUAUUGGGAUAUGCGCACUCAAUUGACAUGUUGCCAAUAGACGAACAACGUGCUUUAGGCCUUUUUAUGUGCAACUUGUUUGAAAACACGUCAUCGUCAGAGUGGCUACUUUAUAUCAGUGAGUGGGAGUACAAGGGUGUAGCACUGUCAAAUAUACGGGUCACUACCAAGGUGUGUGUGCAAUGUAUGCUGAGUGAUCAGACGGAUCUACGCGAGUUCGGAACUGCGCUGUUAUACAACAUCGCCAGCAAGGAGGUAAAGACCGUGGUAUUCGACGAGGUAUGCGUAGAAUUGGCGAUGGCGGCCCUACAGCUAACGCAGUACGAACCGGCUGAGGAACAUUUGUGGAGGACUCUCACAGCCUUAGCCCGACUGGCCCAACAUUCGUCUGAAGUGCCACAACUUAUUGCUAUUGUUGGACCAGAUCCUAGUGGCUACAGGGGUAGGAGUCCACGCAUAGACGAACAGAUAGAUAUAAUAAUGAAGAAAGUUAAGUAA